UUCCGCCCUAAAUGUACCCGAGGAUCAUUUUCCGUCCGGCGCUGAUUUUUAAGCCCCUCUCCGGUUGCAGGGCCGGUUGACGUCAGAGGUGACGCGGGCGGUGAGGCAGCAGGAGGCCGCGGGAUGGGCUGUGCCUCCACCAGGGUGGCCGUGGCCGUGGUGGGCGACGUCACGCAGCACAAGAAGGUCAAUGACCUGAAGAUUCUCGCCCGUUUGAGCGGGAACAAAGAAGGGACAGACGAGGAGACGGACAUGGACAUUGUGAAGGCCGACUUGGCGGGGACGACUGGACAACCUUCCAACAGGUUUGAGGUCCUGCACGGUCUGCAGCCGGACCAGCUCCUGGUGGUGAUCAAGGGCGACAACGUGGACUCGUCCCUCCGUGAGAUGGCCCAGAAGAAGUACAUUAAGAUGCUGGCGUCCCAGAUGAAGGGCAUGGCCAAGAAGGGCGAGCUCAAGCUGAGCGACGGGAGGGAGAUCGCCAGCGUCGUCAUAGAGGGGGAGGAGGGGGUGGGGGCAAGCAUCCCCACGGACCCCAAGUGAUGGUAUCGCCCACCUGUUGUUGUACACGAGUCGUACACGGACGAUUCCAUUCAAUGUGUUAGGGGUGUAUAUCAUAUCACUUCCAUUCGCGUGAAUUUGAUUUUUUUUUUUGGGGGGGGGGCAGGUUCUAUCCCCAAGACCCCAAGUGAUGGCAUCGCCCACCUGUUGUACACAUGCAGCCGAGCGAACGCAGGACGAAUCCACAUAACCCGUUAGGGGUGUGAAAUUGUAUUUACUAUAUUUUCUUACGUGAGGGUUAUAUUUCUUCACACGUUUCCAGCCUCCUUGCGUGUUUCUUCCACCCCUACAGUCCACGAUAAUGGACUAGUUCGCCUGUGUCGUUUUUUCCGCAUGCAGUGAGCAAGGUGGACUUAUUGAUAUAAUAAACAUAAUCAUGAAUUCGGUGUUAUAUGAUAUUGUGAAAUGAAAGUUGUGACGUUUGCUGCUAUGUCAGUACUCUACGCAGUGUGUAAAAUGUGCAAUAUUUUCAGGAAGUGUCAAAGAUUACUAAUGUUGGAUGUUUGAUAUUCGCAAAAAGGAUUAAAAAGUAGCAAAAGUGGACGUGCCAAAUCAACCAUGACAUCAUCAGCACACACUUUUAAGAUUGACUACCACGUAAGAUAUUAUACAUAUCAAACCUCAUAAUUAUUGACUUGUUGUCAAUGAAGUCAUUCCAUUGAAGAAUCUAUUUCGUGAGGUUAAUCAUGAUGUACUUGACUAAUCAAAUUAUCUAUCCUACUGUUACUACCAUAUGUUACUACUACAUGUCAACCCUUACUGUUCAUAAAAUUUGAAACUUUUGUUUCUAUAUACUAUACAGAUCUGUGUGAAGAUUUGUUGAUCUUGAACUUGUAUAAAACGUAUAUACGUAUGACAGGUAUGUGGUAGUAGUUUUGUACAUGUUUAAAACGAAAUAAACUGCGAAAGCAG